AUGCAGCUUCUGCAGCAGCUAGGCGCGCAAUCGCUGGUUGAUGCGCCGACCAGCAAGCUGAGGCGCGAGGAGGAGGAGGAGAAGAACACCAAGCACGAGUUCUGGGAGACACAGCCGGUGCCCAAGUCGACCGAUGAGGUCAAGGAAGACGGGCCGCUGCACCCGCCGCUGAAGCCCGAGCAGAUCCCCAAGGAUCCAUACCCGCUGCCGCCGUCCCUGUCGUGGUGCCUGGUGGACAUUGAGGUUGAGGAGCAGAUGCAGGAGAUGCACGAUCUGCUGAUGGACCACUACGUCGAGGACGUGGACUCGAAGUUCCGGUUCAACUACUCGACCGAGUUCCUGCGCUGGGCGCUGCUGCCGCCCAAUGUGCGCAAGGACUGGCACAUUGGCGUGCGCGAUGCGGCGACUGGCGCGCUUGUCGCGUUCAUCAGCGGCAUUCCAGUUGAGGUGAUGGUGCGCGAUAAGACGAUCACCAUGGCCGAGAUCAACUUCCUCUGCGUGCACAAGGGCCUGCGCAGCCAGCGCCUGGCGCCGCUGCUGAUCAAGGAGGUUACCCGCCAUGUGCACCAGGUCGGCAUUUUCCAGGCCGUCUACACGGCAGGGCGGCAGCUGCCCAAGCCGGUGUCUACAUGCCGGUACUUCCACCGGUCCCUGAAUCCGCGCAAGCUGAUGGACGCCGGGUUCUCCAAGAAGGUGUCUGGCCCCGAUCUCGUCAAGCUUAUGUCGAUGCUGCGCCUGCCGCCGCAGACGAGCACGCCUGGGCUGCGGCCGAUGCGCAAGGGUGAUGUCUCGCAGGUGCGCAAGCUGCUGAACCGCUACCUGAAGAACCGGUGCGAGGUGCUGCCAAUCUUCAAGACCGAUGCCGAGGUUGCUCACUGGUUCCUGCCGCGCGAAGACGUGAUGUGGACGUAUGUGGUCGACGACGCCGAGCAUCCAGGCAAGCUUUCGGACUUUUUCUCGUUCUACUCGCUGCCGAGCUCGGUCCUGAAGUCUAACAAGCAGGGCUCGACCACCGUGCGCGGCACGAUCAAGCCCGUGUAUCUGUUCUACUACGGAACCAAGACCGACUACGAGGCGCUGGCCAAGCAGAAGCAGAACGAGCUGAUCAAGGGGCGGCUGGUUGAGCUUAUGCAGGAUAUGCUGGUGCUGGCCAAGGCUGCUGGGUUCGACGUCGUCAACUGCCUGCACAUGAUGGACAACCGCGAGUUUUUGGAGGAGCUGGGCUUUGGCCCUGGUGACGGGUUCCUGCGCUACUACUUCUACAACUGGCUGGCCCGUCCCUUUGAGCCGAGCAAGAUCGGCCUGGUCAUGCUCUAA